AAGAGCUCUUUUGGUGUUUGCUGAAUCAGUCUUUACCAUCCAAACACCUAAAUCCAGCUUCUUAUACAUCACUUGGAGACAACAACUCGGAUGACGGUCGUAUACCGUCCCACUGUCGACUGCUGACUUCGUGCUUCGCUGCCCCGGCCCCGGCCGCCGCCCUCUUCUUUCCUCCUUGCCAAUUCCAGUGCCGCAAUUACAAACAAAGCAUGGCGAGCUUCCUGAACAAGUGGAAGCCAGGUGUGGCAGGCGCAUCGAACAAUGCUAGCAAGGAGGCCAACAAGAAGAAAGAGGAGCCUGCCCCGGAGCUUACACCUCUGGAAAAGAUGCUGCAGACCACCGGGCCCCUUCGGCAAGACGGAAGCGAUAAGUACUUUGGUCUAGAGAAUUUCGGCAAUACAUGCUAUUGUAAUUCGAUGGUGCAAGCGCUCUACUACACCACAGCCUUCCGGGAACACGUGCUCAACUAUCCUCUUCUAACGCCGGCAGACACACCAAACGAAUACAAACCGAAAGUCAACGUCGUUGUUCGAGCGCCGGCCGAGAACGGGAGUGCGCAACAAGCAAAUGGGAAGAAACAAUUGACUACUGCGGAAGCUCUGGCAAGAAGGAGACAGAUCAAUACAGGACAACCUCCACCGGGCCAACAAGGCGUCAGACCGGAAGACAAACCAGACACGCCCGAAUACAAGAAGAAGCAGGCCAUGUUGAAAGGUCCAAUACUGGAGUUGGCGCAGGAAAAUCCGGGCGCAUUCGGAAUGGACGAAUGCACCUUCACGGGGUUAAGAGACAUUUUCAUGACACUGGUUGAGAGUAGUACACGGACGGGCGUGCUGAGUCCUCAGCGAUUCCUUGAGAUUUUCAAGCGUGACAACGAGAUGUUUCGAAACUCGAUGCACCAGGACGCCCAUGAGUUCUACGGCCUUGUGCUGAACGACGUCAUCUCAAACGUUGAGGCCAAUGCCAGACGGUUAAUAGAACAGGAGGCUAAGCGCGCCAAAGACGGAUUGGCCGCGUCGCUCGAGUCUGCUCUAGAAGUUGUUGCUAAGGGCACGCCAAAUGGGACAACUUCACCGGGCACAGGCUGGGUUCACGAUAUCUUCGAGGGUCUGCUCACAUCGGAAACGAAAUGCCUGACGUGUGAGACAGCCUCGCAACGAGACGAAACGUUCUUGGACUUGUCCAUCGAUCUCGAGGAACAUUCUUCGGUGACAUCGUGCUUACAGAAAUUCUCGGCCGAAGAGAUGCUAUGUGAGAGGAACAAGUUUCACUGCGACCACUGCGGCGGUCUACAAGAAGCUGAGAAGCGCAUGAAGAUCAAACGGUUACCGAAAGUGUUGGCUUUGCACCUCAAGCGUUUCAAGUAUACGGAAGACUACAGUCGUUUGCAGAAACUCUUCCAUCGAGUGGUUUACCCGUACCAGCUACGUAUGUUUAACACAACCGACGACGCCGAUGACCCGGAUCGAUUGUAUGAACUGUAUGCUGUCAUCAUCCACAUUGGCGGUAACGCGUACCAUGGUCAUUAUGUAUCAGUCAUCAAAACGGAGGAUCGAGGCUGGCUGUUAUUUGACGAUGAAAUGGUCGAGCCUGUGGACAAGCAUUAUGUCCGCAACUUCUUCGGAGACAAACCAGGCAUGGCCUGUGCAUAUGUAUUAUUCUACCAGGAGACAACUUUCGAGAAGGUUCGUGCGGAACAAGAGGCUGAAGGCUUAGAAGAGGUGCGAAUAGCCAGCGAGAAGGCGGGCGUGGCUCAGGAGAAUGGGCAACCUAAUGGACAGCCCUCCGGUCUGUUCAGGCAGACCACGACACCAAUCUCACCAACAGAUGACCACAAUGCUUUGGCCAACCUGGAUUACGCCGCCACUGCUCCAGUGCCGCCAAGUCAGCCUGUCUCACUCCCGGCUACCAUCAACCAAGUGGACGGAGUGGCUGAGGCAGAGACUACCAAGCCGAUACCAACAACAAAGGAACCGAAGAAAACGAAGGAAGAAAAGGAGCGGGAGAAGAAGGAAGCCAAGGCGGUCGAGAAAGCGCGAAAAUUGGCUGAGAAGGAAGAAAUCAAGGCGAAGGAAAAACAGCGCAAGGACAGGGAGGCUCAAUUAAGAGAUGCCCGCAAGACGGAAGCGGAUAAUCUUAGAAAGGCGCUCGAAGAGAGCAAAAAGAUGGCUGCACAGGACGAGGAAACAAGGAAAAAAGAACCGGCCACCCCGAACACACCGACACAUGCCUCAGGACUGCUGAAUCGGGCGAACAAGGGUAGCAAGCCCAUGUCCAAGAAGAGCUUUGGGUUUCUCAACAAGGACAAGUCUAAACGCGACAGCGACGAGGGACAGGAGAACGGGCAAAAUGGCGAGUCGAGUAGUGGAACUGCUGACAAGCACGACCACCACAAACUUAAGGAGCGAUUUAGUUUCAGCAUUGGGCGCAAAAAGAGCAGCAACAUCCUGUCGUAGUACGACACAAUGGCCGUUCAUGGAGUUCAGGGUUAAAGACUUAACAAAUGAAAUGGGGGAGACGCAAGCUCUUCUCAUUCUCGAGACACCACACGACGGCUUGCAUUCGUGUAGCAUUCAAGCAGUCCAUGGAACGAUUGCUAGCCAUGGAUCGGGCUCAUUGGAAGCAUUUUGCGCGUAUGGCAUGAG